AUGAACGGCCCUUCGAGUCCCAGGCCCGCGCGGCCCAUGAGCAUCAAGGAGAUUACCCUAGCAGCAGAGGAUUUCGACUUUAGGACUACAAUUCCCUUCAAAUACUGGGCGCGAUCUGCAGAUACCUUGUUUCAAGAGGCGACCUUUGCGCUUCAAGAUCGCGACAUACGAAAAGCAUACCAGAUGCUAUGGCGACACUCGAUACUAGUCCUUACUCACUUGAAAACACAUCCCGACGCCAAGUUACCCGAAAACAAGGCGCUCACGAAGCCGCUGUUCGAUCGCCAGAACAAGGAGGUUUUCGGGCUACUGGAGGAAUUGAAGCCGCAAAUCGACCGCGAUUACAAGGAGUGGCAGUUGAUGAGUGCUUCGAAGCAGAGUGAAGAUGACGAAUUCACCACCAGACCCACAAGUUACAACGAGUUUGCUGCUCGAGACCCGACCUUAUCCGGAAACGCCAAGAUCCUCGACGCCGCCGAUAACCAGGAACUCGCAGUGUCUUUGGCGCAACGAGACUACAAGAGGCGAGAUGCUGCAAGGAGAGCGACGCGGCAGGCCGGCGUUAGCGCCGAAGAAGAGCAGGAGCGCCGGAAGGGUGGCCGCUGGGAGGACUGGGAGCAAUUCAGCAGCCCAGCGACGGCCGCAUCAGAGGAGGAAGACAUAAGGCGACAGAUCGAGGCGACACGGCGUCGGCUCGAUGGAACUGACGGGGGAAGGGACGAAGAUACCUUCAGCACUUCGCAAGCUCCGAAUUACCAAGGCCAGGUACCCCCGCCGAGAGCUCCUCCCAGCUACUCAUACAACUACCCGUCUAUAUCAAGACCAAGGGCGCUGGAAUGGGAGGCGUCGCCUUUGGAACCGCAGCGCGCUUACACGCCGCCGCCGCCUCAGCCACCGAAGCCGCCAAAGGAGGAUUUCACGAUGAUGCGUCAGGAGCUCGAUGCGGCACCUCCUAUGAGGCCAAGCAAGGAGCCAUUAACGUCCUAUAGGCCGCCGUCAACAGCCAACACGCUACAGGGAGGCGUUCCGGAGUUGCCAGCCAAAGAGGAGGUGAUGCCACCGGCGGCAAAGGAGCGGCUGGCCUUCAAGCCAGCAGCCUAUCUGGAGAAUGGCGACCCUAUCCGACCCGUGUUCCUCCCGACGCAGCUCAGGGAUACCUUUCUCAACAUUGCAUCCGACAACACUCGCAGAGGCCUCGAAAUGUGCGGUAUCCUCUGUGGACGACCCGUUAACAACGCACUGUUCAUCAGCUGCCUUCUUAUCCCCGAACAAAAGUGCACGCCGGAUACGUGCGAAACGGAAAACGAAUCAUCAAUGCUGGAUUACUGCAUCAAUGAGGAUCUUUUGGUGGUGGGCUGGAUUCAUACGCAUCCCACGCAGACGUGCUUCAUGAGCUCGCGAGACCUACACACGCAGGCCGGGUACCAGGUUAUGAUGCCAGAGAGUAUCGCCAUUGUGUGUUCUCCAAGGCAUUCUCCAUCAUAUGGCAUCUUCCGCCUCACAAAUCCGCCAGGCCUGCCUCACAUCCUGCAGUGCACGGCAUCGGAAACCUUUCACCAGCACUCCAUCGAUAACCUGUACACCGGAGCGAAAAACCCGCCGGGUCAUGUUUACCACUCGGAGAAGCUUGACUUUUACGUGAAGGACUUGCGACCGAAGAGAGCCACAUGGCAGUACGGUCGAACAAUGUCACGGCUCAAUGUGAUGAGGAGCACGGCUGGACGUGUCUCAUCCGAGCUCGAGGCCCAGACCGUGGUGGGCCAUCCAACCUCAGAUAGCCGAGAGGGAGAGUUAAUGGCGUUCCCGACAAACAUGCUGGGCAUCCUCAUCGCCCUCGUCAGCGCGUUUGCCCUCGUGCACUCGGCGGACUCGAUUCCCCGACUACUCAAGUACGAAGACAAGGCGAAGAAGGCGGCGGAAUGGAGCAGGACGGCCGAGAAGCAGCUUUGGGAAAUCAGAUAUACUGUCGGAACAGGCUUCGUUGGGUGCCUCGUCUCCGCCAUCGGCGGCAUCGCCUUCUCCCUCGUGGUACCCCGCGGCCUGGGCAUCUUCACCGUCGGCUUCCCCAUCAUGCUCGCCGCAGGCCUGACGUACGGGCACCAGUACAUGCGACAGUUCUGGGCUUCGAAGCCCAAGGUGCCGAUGAUGAAGGAUUUCAACGAGGCGAUUUCGGACUCGAUGAUGGUGCAGGAUAUGAUGAAUCCCUUGGCUGGCGCGUGGGGUCUCAUGACGUUUUGCAAACUUGUUGGGCUGUAG